AAUUAAAUCUGUCUCGCGUUCGUGGACUGGGAUCAAUAACAAGAACGCACAGAGAGAACCGCGCUGUCGUCUCGUAACGAUUCGCUAAAGGCAAGCUCGAAACGUGAAUCUCCAAGGACGAAGACGGCCAAGCGUGAUCGUCCUUGGGCCCUUCAGAUCAUCUGCAUGAGAAUCGACCUGCAGCGAGAGAUUGGAAGAUCAAAAGAAAAGCACGCCGAGGGACCUCAGCCAAGACCCAAACUGUUGAAGAGGAGGAAACUGGAAUGUUUGCUUUCCAUGGUCCCUUCCAAGACGUGUUGGUCCCCCGAGAACGCACGGGAGAAAAGCGCAUCCGGCGGAUGGAGCGAUGCCUGGCGCGGAUGAAAGCGAGAGAGGGCGAGGACGUCGGCGUCAUCCGUAGCGCGCAGUAACACGCAUCCAGGCGGGCGGGCGGAGCGGUGCUGAGAUAUGGCGCGAUAAGGACUAGCUGCUUCAGCUCCCCGACGCAAGCCAAGCGGGGGUCACAUGACAGCAGAGCACACGCACACGCCAUCGCGGAGCCAGCCACUCGCUUUUCAGCUGCUUUUUCAACAGCCAGCUUUUACUCCCGACGCUCGGAGUGCGCCUGGUGGAGGAUGACUGGCAAAACCCAGACCAGCAACGUGACCAACAAGAAUGACCCUCGCUCGCUCAACUCCCGCGUCUUCAUCGGCAACCUCAACACGGCGAUCGUCAAGAAGACCGACAUCGAGGUGAUCUUCGCCAAGUACGGCAAGAUCGUGGGCUGCUCCGUGCACAAGGGCUACGCCUUCGUGCAGUACAUCAACGAGCGCAACGCCCGGGCAGCCGUGGCGGGCGAGAACACCCGGGUCAUCGCCGGACAGCCUCUCGACAUCAACAUGGCCGGCGAGCCGAAGCCUUACCGACCCAAAGGCGUCUCCAAGAGGCCCCUCUCGGCGGUCUACAGUGGUUACGAGUUUGACUAUGAGUACUACAGAGAUGACUUCUACGCCAGGCUUUUCGACUACCACGGCCGAGUGGCGCCACCCCCGCGAUCCGUGAUCCCCCUGAAACGCUCCCGGGUGCUGGCGGCCUCCUCCCGCCGCAUCAAGACCUCCUUCCCCGCCAAGACGUCAUCGUCCUCCUCGUCCUCGUCCUCCAGACCGCCCACCUCCUCCUCCUGCUCUGCCGGCGUCAAACCAGUGAAGACGGAGCAGCUGCAGACCAUCAAGAGGGAGCUGACGCAGAUCAAGACCAAAAUUGACUCCUUGCUCGUACGCCUGGACAAGAUCGAGAUGCAGCAGCGAGGCGAGACCGAGUCUCAGAGGAAGUACGAGGACAACUGCGACUCGCUGCACGACGAGUCGGCAUCAGAGGCGGCGGAUAACUCCGGCGAGGAGGGCGGCGAAGACGCACUGAUGGACGCCGAAGCCGGAGAGAUGAGCGAUGGCGUCGAGGGCGACUACGACGAGGAGGAGCAGGAGGGUGCCCAUCAUCUGAUGGAGAACCACGUAUCCGACAUCGACAACUGAGGAUGCCAAGGAAUUCUCAAUUCCCUUCAACCGGACGGGGAAAGGAUAACGAGUCGCGACUGGAAGCGACGCUGGAUCAAAAUGUGAUGUAUAGUAUGUAUUUAAAAAGAAAAAAAGAAUCAUCAUUUUGAAAAA